AGAGGGCCUUAUAAUAACCAGUUCUGAGUCAGAAGAUGUCAUCCAUGAAGGAUUGAAGAUGCUCAUGGAUAUAGUUACCUCAGAUGCCUUUGGGGGUCGUGGCUCUCAGGGUCCUCAAAUAAUAAUGACAGAUGACUCAACCAGCGAAAGAAAUGCACUGAAGCGUAUGUUCCCAGGAAUAAUAGCUCUACUUUGCUUGUUCCAUGUGCUGCAAGCUAUGUGGCGGUACAUUUGGGAUAGCAAACACAAAGCUGACUCCAGUGACAAACUUGAAAUUUACAUUUUAUUCAGAGAUGUGUGCUAUGAACAGAAUGAAGAUGAUUUUAAAGAAAAAUAUGAAAGUAUGCUUGCUUUCCCCAAAGUGAAGGCAAAUUCUGGACUCGUGAAACAUUUCAAGGACCUAUAUGAGCGAGCCCCUGAAUGGGCCCUUGCCUACAGAGUUGACCUGCUCACUAGGGGUAACAACACCAACAAUUACUCCGAGGCAACAGUUAGACUGAUGAAAGACCUUGUGUUCCAGCGCUUAAAAGCCUACAGUGAGGUUCAAAUGUUUGACUUCUUUACUACCAGACUUGAAGCCUUCUUUGAAAGAAGACUUGCAAAUGUAUUGAAUGGUCGUCAAGAGAAUUACUGGAAGUCAAAGCAUUUCAUCCAUCCAUCAAAACUGGCCCCACUUCGAUGUGAGAAGUCUCCUCAAGAAGGAUUUUAUUUGGUGAAAAAUGUGGAGCGCAAAACUGAGUAUGUUGUAGACAUGAAACAUGAAGUGUGCUCAUGUCAUGUGGGCCGAAACGGUGCUCCAUGCAAACAUCAAAUGGCGGUUGUCCAGAGCUUUAAUAUUAUGUCUACCCAACUCCUUCCUAUUGACCUUGAGUCCAAACUAGCUCUGCAUAAAAUAAUGACCACUGUCUCUGCGCCACCUGAAUGGUAUGCUCCUCUAAAGGGAGGGCCCUAUGUUCCAAAUAAUGCAGGAACAGUCGCAGCAGAUAUUUCUUUGGAUAACCAAGACACCACCCUAGACGGUGCUGGCGCCUCUGAGGAGCUGGAUUUUGCAGCUGGAUCAACUACAGAAAGUGGCACCAUCUUUGACCAGGCUAAACUCUCUGCAGCAUUGGAAAAGUGGGAAGAUAUCAAUACCUACAUGAUAAACUCGCUGAAGUCAAGGCCUGAUGUAUUUGUUGAUGCUGUAGACAAAUUUAGUGUCAAGUUCCAGAGGGCUAAAGAUUCCUCAGAAAACCAGUUGCUGUCUGCAUUCCAUACAUUCAAUAGGCAGGCUGCUGGUCAUCGUUCAGUUGUGCGCAAGUACAUCUAUUCAAACAGCAGCAGCAUCCAGAAGAGAAAACAGCCCUCCCUUGGUGGCAGGAAGUGCACCCAUCAGGGAAGACCACCAAAGUCUGCAUACACCACUGAACAUGGUUAUCCUAAAUCCAAAGCCAAAAAAACAGCAGGGAACAUUGCCCCAACAAAGAGAAGUGCCAUCCCUCACAGUCUGGCUCUCAAAGUUUCAGAGCAAUCUCAACCAAAGAAACCAAGAUUGAAAUUGUGAAUUCUCUUUCUGUCCUUCAAAAACAUUCAUUUCCCCAAUAUCUUGUUUGUGUAUUGCAUAAUGAUGAUGAAAUGAUGUGGGUGUUUCCUGACAAUGUGUAUCCAAAGCCUUGUCAUCCAAAGCAUAAUGUUUAAGAUAUUGCUAGUCUGUGAUUCUGCUGAGUUUACCCAAAGAUAGGAAAUAAAUGAGAUUAUACAGUAUAGUUCGUAACGCAAAUUUUAUUUACCAGAAUUCUUAGAAAGACAGAGCUUCUUGCGAGGUUUGAAAAUUUCAAGACCAAGAACGUCACAAGAAGUAGAGAACAAUUGUGAUAUUGUAUUUGGAUCUAACUGCAACCAGUAGCUGCAGAAAUGCCUUAUGUGUGAUACAAUUUUGGGAUAGCAUAAGUAUUCACUCCUAAAAUGCUUUU